UGGUUCCCUCUCUGCUCUUCUGCAGGCUGCAGCCUCAAGUCCUGAACGUUUGGAGCAGAUCAAUCAGCUCAGCGCGGGUUGUUAAAAAAAAAAGGAAAAGCUCAGCGCGGAGGAUUUCAGGGCCGGAGAAUUCCAUCAUUCGGAUGCGCGCCGGAAUCGAUCGGAGGUAGUGCUGCCGUCGGGCGCCACGUGGAUCUAUGCCGCCGCAGGUUACGAUCCGCCACCAAACGAACCACGAGCGCGCCAUCGCCGAGGCGUGCGUGCCCGCCUGGAAGGAACUCCUCCCUGCCCCGGCUGCCGGCCGCUGGUCCUGCCCGGCUCGGCUGGCCCUCUCCCGGUAGUUAUUGCAGGCGUGAUCUGCCGCGCGCAGCGCAGCGCCGCACAUGGACAUGGCGCCCUCGCUCGCCGUAAUAUAUUCCGUCCCCUCCACCGGCUCCCCUCCGCUGCACUCCACUGCCGCCCCUGCCGCCGUCCAGCGGUGACUCCUCAGCUGAAGCCACCGGGCUCACGUUUCGCUUUGCGUCUCCCGCGCGGCACCGCGAGCCUGCGAUGCCGGCGGCCGGCGGGCCGGUGGUGACUGGUGGUGAGAGCUUGUGAUCCCGCGGCGGAAGGAUGGGCAGGGCGGGCAAGUGGCUCCGGAGCUUCCUGCCGGGCAGGAGGGGCGGCAGGGACAAGCCCGGGGACCCGGCGGACUUAACGCUGGCGCUGCCGGGGACGGGGACGACAACCGCGACCACGACGACGCCGGCGUCCACGCCGGGGGCCAAGGAGAAGAGGCGGUGGAGCUUCCGGCGCCCGGCGGCGGCGUCGCCCGCCAAGGACGCGCAGGGCGGCCGGCUCGCGCGCUACGGGUCCCUGGAGCCGCGGGCGCUGGACCCGGACCAGCACGCCGUCGCCGUGGCCAUCGCCACGGCGGCCGCGGCUGAGGCGGCCGUGGCGGCCAAGCACGCCGCCGCGGCCGUCGUCAGGCUCUCGUCGUCCAAGCGCGCCACCGUCAUCGGCAUCGAUGAGGCCGCCGCGAUCAAGAUCCAGGCCGUCUUCAGAUCCUACCUGGCGAGGAAGGCGCUGUGCGCGCUGCGCGGGCUCGUCAAGCUGCAGGCGCUGGUGCGCGGCCACCUCGUGCGCCGCCAGGCCAGCCACACCCUGCGCUGCAUGCAGGCGCUCGUCGCCGCGCAGAACAGGGCGCGGGCGGCGCGCCUGCGCAUGCUCGACGACGACAAGCACGUCGUCCGGACGCCGCGGACGACGCCGACCCGCCGCAGCUCGCCGCACCACCCGCGCUUCCGGCACCACCAACAAUGCUUCGCGCAGGACAUGGAGGAGAACGUCAAGAUCGUGGAGGUGGACACCGGCGGCGGCGAGGUGCUGCACGGCACGCCCCGGACGUCGCGCCGCAGCAGCUGCUACGCCACGCCGCUCUGCCGCACGCCGUCCAAGAACGAGCUGUACCAGAAGAUAUCGCCGACGCCGUCCGCGCUCACCGACGCCAGCGCGGCGCGCACGUACAGCGGCCGGUACGACGACUUCUCCUUCGCCACCGCGCGGAGCAGCCCGUGGCCGCCGCACCACCACGAGGACGGCGCGGACAGGCCCUCGGCCGCCGAGCACCCGAUGUUCGUCGUGCCCAGCUACAUGGCCAACACGGAGUCGUCGCGCGCCAAGGCGCGGUCCCAGAGCGCGCCGCGGCAGCGGCUGUCGGUGUCGUCCGCCGCCGAGGCGGCCGCCUGGCAGCCGCCGGGCGGCGGCCGGCGCAGGGCGUCGCUGGAGAGCCAGGCGCAGGCCACGCCGGGGGCGCGCGGGGCGGCGCCCAGGCACGGGCCCGUGCGCGUGCAGCGGUGCCCGUCGCAGGCGAGCGCGCCCGGGGCGUGCCCGUGGGGCGCGAGGCUGGACCGGUGGAGCGCGUCGGCGCACGACAGCGAGUGCCGGUCGACGAGCACGGUGAUGACCGCCGCCACCACCACGUACUGCUGGUCGCUGGCCACCGACAACGCCGGCAUGGCGUGAGGGGGCGACGCGCUCACGUGGUUUCUGAAGGAGGAAGAGGAAAUGCAAAUGCUGCUGGGCCUGUAGGGACGUCUGGAAGGUAGCUCACUGUAGUUAUAACAGUAGAAGAAGCUGGGCUCGAACUCUCUGCAAGUUUUUGAACAAUCUGUACGAGUGUUUAUUCAAGGAUUCCGUGACCGACGAGACACUUUUGGUGUUUUUGCGUGCCAAGAAUAAUGUGUCUUUUCGUAGUACUUUGUUGUGUCGCCCUUCGAUCUGUCAAGUCCUGGUCGUUUCAGAGCCAAAUGAAGCAUGAGAAGGAAUCAUCAGUUUUC